AUGCUCCCCGUUUCACGACCCGAGGGUCAUAUGAACCUCAAUUAUAUUCCCACCACUCAACCAAUGUCUGGAACCUCCACAGGACGCAGCUCCCCGAGUGACUUGUCCUCGUCGGCUGCUGUGAAACCUCCAUUCGGGUCUUCUCCCGGUCUGAAUGGCGCCGCAGGCUCGAUUGGAAGUGCCAGGCUCGGGGCUGGAUCCCCUUCUCAUGACCUCGGUGCUCGCUUGUACUCCAAACGCGCGCGAGAGAUCCAAGCUGAGGAAGGCGUGUCUCCCAGUAUCUGGGGUCCCCCAACCAGCGGCCAUUCCACCCCGCUGCGUGAAAACAUCCCGGAGUCGCCCAGUCAGGAGGGCUUUCCCGACCUCGUUCCCACAACCAGUGGCGCAAUGAAUGGUCCAGCACGUAGAGCCCGGGCGGGCACGGUCCCUUCGAGAUUUUCUCCUGUGGGGGCGCUCAACGAAGUGAAUCUACAGCAGCCUUUCAUGCCUCAAACCACGCGUACCACUCCGUCAACAAGCCCGUUCCGCCCUGCCGGCGUACCUGGCAUCGACACAGGCGCGACAACUUCGACUACCGCUGGCGGAAGAAGCUCCGGCUCUCUGUCGCGCCUCCGAGCCGGCUCCAUGCCGCAGCGUACGGGUUUCCUAGGCUCCUCCAGCCCGUUUGGGCCCUCUUUGUUCUCAACGAGUUGGGCUACCGGACGUGACCGUGCAACGACCCUGACAAGCAUCCGAUCGUCAGAGGGCCCCGCUUCUCCUAGUCAUUCUUCCUUUUCGCGAGACGGACUCACCGAUACCGAUGUGAAGACGCUGGAUUAUUUGGGACUUGCGGAAACCCCGCAACAAGCACGGGCCAACCUUGUACGACCUCCAGUGGAUGUCAUUCUUCAGCAACAACAACAACAGCAGCAGCAGCAGCAGCAACAGCAAACUUCCUCCUUGCCUCCCUUGCUUGCUGAACUGGCCAUGAUUAAGAACAACAACAAUCGUUUCCGGUCGUAUUCGGUGAAUGCGAAGGAGAAGUACGCCGAUGAUGAGGACCUCGAGUAUGAGAGCCGCUAUUCUCCCCUUCCUUCAGGCACCGUCACCCCGUCCGCCGCCGCCGCCGCCGCCCAACUUGCCCACACCCAGGCUCAGAUUCAUCAGCAUAACCUUGCAGUGCGAGCUUUCGCGAAUCAUGCGUCGGUCAACCGCCCUCGGGCUCGGACUGCGGGCAUUCUGGAAGCGCCGCCACAGCGCUCGUCGAUCCGCAACUAUCUCGCCACUCCGUCUCGCCUCGACAACAGCUUCAGCGCUGCAGAUCUCAACCUGUCUGAAAAUGAGGAAUAUGAUGAGCUGUCGGAUGCGGUGCAGUUGUUGCAUUUGAACGGGGGCGGCGUCCCCAACAUGGGGAUGCGACCGGGCGACAUGGCCGAUGAUAACAGCCAGGAUGGGCCGACCCGCGCCUUGUGGAUCGGCAGUAUUCCGGUCUCCACCACGAUCACUUCCUUGGCGGCCAUCUUCAGCAGAUACGGCAAGAUUGAAUCAACUCGGGUCCUGACCCACAAGAACUGUGGUUUCGUGAACUUCGAACGCAUUGACAGUGCUGUUCAAGCGAGAUCGAUGCUCAACGGGACGGAAAUUUUCCCCGGCGCUGGUCCCGUUCGCAUUGGAUAUGCGAAAGUGCCUGGAACCUCUGCGUCUGGCACGCCUGGGGUGAAUGGCCUUCAGUCAUCCCCGACUCCGGAUCUGAACACCAAAACCAAUGCCGUCGAAGGUGCCGAAGGUUCUGACGCAGCUGUCCCCGAGAUCCCACCUCUCUCUGACCUUCAGCCCGAGAUGGGACAAAUCGUCCAGGACCUGGGUGCUAAAGACGAGGAAGUACGGAACAUCACUGCCAGUAUUCAGCGCGCGAUUGCUUUCCAAGCCUUUGAAGACGAAAUUCCUCCUAUUCCUGAACCGACUCAGACGCGGAUGUUUGACGCACCCCGUCUCCGUGAUAUCCGCAAGAGAAUUGACAACAAUGUGUGCUCGCCCCAGGAGAUCGAGGAAACUGCCAUCGCCAUGCUUCCCGAGAUUGCCGAACUGUCCUCGGAUUAUUUGGGCAACACUGUUGUUCAAAAACUUUUCGAACACUGUUCGGAGUCUGUGAAGGAGCAAAUGCUCGUCCAAAUCGCCCCUCACCUGGCUGAGAUCGGUGUGCACAAGAAUGGCACUUGGGCAGCCCAAAAGAUCAUUGAUGUGGCCCAGACUCCCACCCAGAUGAAGAUGAUCGUGGACGCUCUCCGUCCGUAUACUGUGCCUCUUUUCCUUGACCAAUACGGAAACUACGUUCUCCAGUGCUGCCUGCGAUUUGGCUCUCAGUACAAUGACUUCAUCUUCGAAACGAUGCUCAGCCGGAUGUGGGAAGUUGCCCAGGGUCGCUUCGGUGCUCGUGCUAUGAGAGCCUGUCUCGAAAGUCACCACGCUACGAAAGAUCAGCAGCGCAUGCUCGCGGCGGCCAUUGCUCUUCACAGUGUGCCGCUGGCAACUAACGCAAAUGGGGCUCUCUUGCUUACCUGGUUCCUGGACACAUGCAACUUCCCCCGGCGCCGCACCGUCCUUGCUCCCAGACUGGUGCCUCAUCUGGUGCAUCUGUGCACUCAUAAGGUUGCUUACCUGACCGUUCUCAAGGUCAUCAACCAGCGCAACGAGCCCGAUGCUCGUGAUAUCGUUUUGAACGCUCUGUUCUUCAGCCCCGGUGAUGAGGUUUUGGAAAGGAUUCUUAGCGACCAAACUUCCGGCGCCACCUUGACUUUCAAGGCUCUUACCAUCCCCUUUAUCGAUGAUUCGAUGCGCGCCGAGGCUGUAAAGAACGUGUCGAAGGUUCUUACCAAGCUGAAGGCCACACCGAGCCAGGGCUACAAGCGCCUGAUGGAUGAAGUCGGUCUGUCAUCCCGCGGAGGGUCCAGAGACAACCAUGGACGAGACCAUGCUCCUGGUUCCGAAAAGCAACAUCGUCCCACUUCCCGACAGGCGACUUCCAAUUAUCCUCCGCAGCCCUCCAUGGACAGGCCGUACAAUGGACAGUUCCCUCCAAGCAUGCUCGCUCAGAACUUGGACGGGGUUCGUCCUGUCGGGGCUGAACAGCAGCAGGGUUCGUCGCCGUUUGAUCCUUACGCCGUCAAUGGAGUUAAUGGUCUGGGUUCGACGGGGGCGAUGAACUCGCUAAACGGAAUGGCUGGCCCUGGGUACGGUCAGGAUCCCCUGAUGCCCCUGUCGCAACAACAGGUGCAAUACCAGGCUUAUCUAGCGGCACAGGCUAGAGGCGUGUCUCCGGGUGGCCUCUACCCUGGUCUUGGAAGCUCCGGCUUUGGAUAUCCGGGCGCAACGCCCUCCAUGGAGAAUCUCCGUGCGAUGCCGUCUCAAGCAGCGCCUAUGCCCGCUGCCACCCAAAUGAACCCGAAUUCGAUGCUUAAUCAGCCAGGCUUUGGUCCCCAGCAAUUCAGUCCGGUGAUGGGCACGACUCAGAUGUAUCAGUAUCCUCCCCCGUAUAAUUAUCCGACUCAGCCGACCCAGGGACAGUCGGCUGGGGCCCGCCGUGGACGUUUCUAG